AUGAAGCGAAUUACAGUACUGUGGCCACUGCUUGGGGCUGAGAGCCCCGUAUGGGAACAGGUAUAUGUUUCAGUAUUCAGAAUUGCAAAGCUUAAAGAUUUAGACAAUCUUAACUUCCAUUUUACAGGAUUAGUGUCCUUCCAGGAUGUCUGUGUAGCCUUCAGCAGAGAGGAAUGGCAACACCUGGACCUUGCUCAGAAAAGCCUGUACAGGGAUGUGAUGCUGGACAACUAUUUCAACCUGAUCUUUGUGGGGUGUCGAGUUCCCAAACUGGAAGUCAUCUUCAACUUGGAGCAAGGAGAAGAGCUAUGUAUAUUGGAUGAUAAAAUAUCAAGUUCAAGAUGUUUAGACAAGGCCUUUGGUUUUGAGACCUUACAGCAGGGAUCCUGUGGAGAAGUUUCUUUCCAGUCUGAGAGAAUAAGUCUUUUCCAAGGAUACGACUCUUAUUGUGCUACGGGGGAAUUGUGGGAAGAUGAGAAACAGAGAGGGAGAUUGGAGAAAAAACAGAGCAAUCCUGGAAGCCACGUUUCCUUCUGCCACAAGGCAACACCAGCCUGUGAGAGGGACUGUGAACAUGAGGACACUGAGAAAAUGGUUCCUUCAGGAAAAAGAUCCCCUCAGUGUGACACAAGAGGAGAGAGUUUGAAGCUUCUCGCAAGUCUAUAUAAUCACAGCAGAAACAAUGUGACAGAAACUAUUGAUGAGCUGCCCGAACAUAGUGGUAUUUUUUCGCAUAUGAGUUUUCCUACUGCAGGGAAUGCCUGUGAAGGCAGUCAGUGUAAGCCGCUUCUGAGUCCUAAGCAGGCUCUCACUCAGCACCAGAAAGUUCCCAAGAAUAACUGUGUGAAAGUUUUCACUCAAAACUUGCCUCUCUCUAAGCAUCAAGGAAUUCAUGCUGAAGAAAAACAGCUUGAGUGUCACAAACAUGAGGCAGUCUUUGCCCAGAAAUCUCAACUUACUAUAUCUCAGAGAAUUUGUACAGGUGGGAAAUCCUGUAGAUGCACUGAAUUGGAAAAGUUUUCCCUCAUGUCAAACUAUCAGAAAACUCAAAGUGAGGAAAAUUCCCAUAACUGUGCUGAGUAUGAAGAAGCCUUUAUUCAGAAGUCUGAUCUGCUCAGAUGCCAAAGAAAUCAUGCAGAAGAAAAACCUUAUGACUACAGACAGUGUGAGGGAAGCUUCUCUCAGAAUUCAAACCCCAAAACACAUAAAAAAAUUCAUGCCACCGACAGACACUUUAAAUGUACUGAGUGUGGAAAGGCCUUCACAAGGAAGUCAACACUAAGUAUGCAUCAGAAAAUUCAUACAGGAGAAAAACCCUACGCAUGUACUGAAUGUGGGAAGGGCUUUAUUCGGAAGACGCAUUUUAUCACACAUGUGCGACUUCAUACUGGAGAGAAACCUUAUGAAUGCAGUGACUGUGGGAAAUCCUUUAUUAAAAAGUCACAACUCCAUGUACACCAGCGAAUCCACACGGGAGAGAACCCUUUCAUAUGUUCAGAAUGUGGGAAGGUCUUCAUUCACAAGACAAAUCUCAUUAUACACCACAAAAUUCAUACUGGAGAGAGACCCUAUAGAUGUGCUGUGUGUGGGAAGGCCUUUACUGACAGGUCAAAUCUCAUUAAACACCAAAAAAUUCACACUGGAGAAAAACCCUAUGAGUGCAGUGAUUGUGGAAAAUCAUUCACUUGGAAGUCACGGCUCAGGAUCCAUCAGAAAUGCCAUACUGGAGAGAGACAUUAUGAAUGCCGUGAGUGUGGGAAAGCCUUCAUUCAGAAAUCAACACUAACUAUGCACCAGAAGAUCCACAGAGGAGAAAAACCUUAUGUUUGCCCAGAAUGUGGGAAGGCUUUCUUCCACAACUCUCAUUUUAUUACACAUGAGAGAAUUCAUACUGGAGAGAAACCUUAUGAAUGUAGUAGUUGUGGGAAAUCCUUCACUAAGAAAUCACAACUCCAUGUCCAUCAGCAAAUCCACACAGGUAAGAGGCCGUAUAGAUGUGCUGAGUGUGGAAAGGCCUUCACUGACCGGUCAAAUCUCUUUACACACCAGAAAAUUCACACUGGAGAGAAGCCCUAUAAAUGUACUGACUGUGGAAAAGCCUUCACCCGGAAGUCAGGCCUCCAUAUCCAUCAGCAGUCCCAUACAGGAGAAAGACAUUAUGAGUGCAGUGAAUGUGGGAAAGCCUUUGCAAGAAAAUCAACACUAAUUAUGCACCAGAGAAUACACACGGGAGAGAAACCUUAUCUUUGUACGGAAUGUGGAAAGUCCUUUAUCCAGAAAUCACACUUAAAUAGACAUAGACGAAUUCAUACUGGAGAGAAACCCUAUAAAUGCAGUGACUGUGGGAAAUCUUUCAUUAAGAAGUCACAACUCCAUGAACAUCAUCGGAUUCACACAGGAGAGAAGCCAUAUGUAUGUGCUGAAUGUGGAAAGGCCUUUACCAUCAGAUCAAAUCUUAUUAAACACCAGAAAAUUCACACUAAAGAGAAACCCUACGUCUAG